AUGACAGCAGACAGACACUUGGGCAGCCCCUACCCCAUCCUCCUGAGCGCAGGGUUCAUGGUCUCGGCGGCCACUGCGUUCCAGACGCUCGGAACGUUGGUCCUGCCAGACUACCUCGCCGGCGGCGGACACUACCAGUUCUUGACCAACAUCGCCCUCUGCUUCUCCACAGCAUACUUUGCCCUCAACCUGUGCUACCACACGCUGCGACUCAGGGCGCUCGGCGGCGCAAAGGUGUACCUCUCGGCCACGUGCUUCUCGCUCAACUUCAUCGUCUCGCUCGUGUACUGGGGCCUCAAGCUCUUCGUGCCGCAGUUGAUCCUCUCCGAAAAGGACACGUUCCCCUUCUCGCUCGACGUCAAGAUCCACCUGCUGCCGCUGCUGUGCAGCGCCGUCGACUACCUGUGCUUCAUGCAGCGCUGGGACGUCCCCUACCUCAGCGGCUACGCCAUCGUCGCCUCGCUCACCACGCUCUACUGGUUCUGGCUCGAGUACCUCGUCGCCGACGGCGCCGCCUACCCGUACCCGUUCCUCAACGUGGAGAAAAACCUCCGCAUCGUGAUCUUCCUCGUCGUCAGCCUUCUCGCCUUCGGCUCCUUCUGCGUCGGCAAGUUGAUCCACCCGGAGUUCAUCCCGGAGCUCGAAAAGGCCGAAGACGACUACGCCAAAACCAAGUAG